AUGGCUGGAGGUGCAGGUGGUACCGGAGGAGGCGUGUCCUCGACGUCCCUUUUGUGGGCUAUCAUCAUGUCGGCAUUCGCAGGUUUUGGAGGAAUUUUAUUCGGGUAUGACACGGGAACCAUUGGAGGAGUCAUUGCGAUGGACGACUGGCUUCACCUCUUCGGAAAAUUCGAUCCAACACUGAAUUGGUACAUCCCCACAAAUGACAAAUCCCUGGUUGUAUCUAUUCUUUCUGCUGGAACAUUCUUUGGCGCACUUUUGGCAUCGCCAGUGGGAGACACUCUCGGUCGUAAAUGGGGUCUUGUGGCAUCCUGCAUGGUGUUCUGCUUGGGUGUUGGUCUCCAGCUCGACACUUCGUGGGCAGUUUUCAUUGUUGGCAGAGUUAUCGCCGGAUUCGGAGUGGGUCUUGUGUCUUGUUUGGUUCCCAUGUACCAGUCAGAGUGCGCGCCCAAAUCCAUUCGUGGUCUAAUUGUCGGACUUUACCAAUUGGCCAUCACUAUCGGUGCACUCCUUGCUGCAGUCGUACUGAAUGCUACUAAAGAUCGACCAAACCACUCCUCCUGGAGGAUCCCCAUUGCCGUGCAAUUUGCAUGGGCUGCCAUUCUAGCUGGUGGAAUGAUUUUGUUGCCCGAGAGCCCACGUUAUCUCCUCUUGAAGAAUCGCCAAGCUGAUGCACGUGUUGCCCUUGGAAGAUUGAUGACUGCAUCCCCCGACUCACCAGAGGUCGAGGCUGAAGCUAUUGAAAUCUCCACCGCAUUGGCCGUUGAAAAAGAGGCUAGCCAGGGUGGUUACCUCGCUUGUUUCAGAAAUAACGAAGAUAGGAAUGGCCUCAGAACAUGGACCGGUAUCAUGAUGCAGGGAUGGCAACAACUGACUGGCAUCAAUUUCAUUUUCUACUAUGGAACGACCUUCUUCCAACAAGCAGGAAUUAAGAACGCUUUUGUUAUCCAGAUUGUUUGUGACGUUGUGAAUACCGUCAUGACCCUGUUUGGUAUCCAACUUAUCGACCGUGUUGGUCGCAGAAGGCUGCUCCUCAUCGGUGCUGCUGGCAUGUGCUUCUGCGAAUUCAUUGUUGCCAUCGUGGGUGUUACGGCGGGUCGUGUGAACGGGGAAACAGCGGAAGUCAACAUUGCCGCUCAACGAGUUUUGAUUGCAUUCACUUGCUUCUACAUUGCCUUCUUUGCCACCUCAUGGGGACCUGUUAUCUGGGUUUUGACUGGAGAGCUCUUCCCCCUCGGUGUUCGUGCUAAGAGCAUGUCCCUCGCUGUUGCCAGCAACUGGUUGUGGAAUUUUGGAAUCGGCUAUGCUACUCCCUACCUUGUUAACGCAUCUACCUUCGGUGUGAACGGUGUAAGAGCAGCAAAUCUGGGAGUCAAAGUGUUCUUCAUCUGGGGUGGAACCUGUGUGGGAUGCUUCGUCUUCACUUACUUCUUCAUCCCUGAGACGAGAGGCCUAUCCUUGGAGCAGAUCGAUAUCCUCUACAGAGAAUCGACCAUCCUUGGAUCGAAUGCCAAACGCCACGAGAUUCUCUCCCAAAACAAGACAUUCUCAAACACCUAUCACAAUGAAAAGGAAACUGUUGACCAUGACUCUGAGAAGGCGGUGGCAUGA